CCCUCGUCCCGGCAGGAUCCUGCUGACGGUCGUCGUGAUCUUCCGCAUCCUCAUCGUGGCCAUCGUGGGCGAGACGGUUUACGAGGACGAGCAGACCAUGUUCAUGUGCAACACCCUCCAGCCCGGCUGCAACCAGGCCUGCUACGACAAGGCCUUCCCCAUCUCCCACAUCCGCUACUGGGUCUUCCAGAUCAUCCUGGUGUGCACGCCCAGCCUCUGCUUCAUCACCUACUCCGUGCACCAGGCGGCCAAGCAGCGCGAGCGCCGCUGCUCCUUCCUCUACGACGCCAAGAGGGCCAAGGGGGGGCCGGGGGCGCCCGCCAAGGACGAGCCGGACGGGCCGCCCGACGCCAAGGACGCGGCGCCGGCCGCCACGGGAGCGCCGGGGCCUCGCCCGGGGCGCAGCGCCAAGGCCAAGCGCCAGGAGGGCAUCUCGCGCUUCUACGUGAUCCAGGUGGUUUUCCGCAACGCGCUGGAGAUCGGCUUCCUGGGCGGGCAGUACUUCCUCUACGGCUUCAACGUGCCCGCCAUCUUCGAGUGCGGGCGCUACCCCUGCGUCAAGGAGGUGGAGUGCUACGUGUCGCGCCCCACCGAGAAGACCGUGUUCCUCGUCUUCAUGUUCGCCGUGUCCGGCGUCUGCGUCCUGCUCAACCUGGCCGAGCUCAACCACCUGGGCUGGCGCAAGGUGCGGGCGGCCGUGCGCGGGGCCCGCGCCCGCCGGAAAUCCCUGGGGGAGGCCUCGGCCCGGCGCAAGGACCCGCCCGGGGCCGCGCCCGCCACGCCCGCCCCCGCCGCGCCCACCCUGGGCAGGACGCAGUCCAGCGAGUCGGCCUAUGUGUGAUGGACAGGCCUGGCCUACGUGUGACAGGCCUGGCCUAGGCCUGGUCCUACCUGUGACAGCCCUGGGCAGGACACAGUCCAGCGAGUCGGCCUACGUGUGACAGGCCUGGCCUAAACUCAGUCCAGCAAGUCGGCCUAUAUGUGAGGGACAGGCCUAGGCCUGGUCCUACCUGUGACAGCCCUGGGCAGGACGCAGUCCAGCGAGUCGGCCUACGUGUGACAGGCCUGGCCUAGGCCUGGUCCUACCUGUGACAGCCCUGGGCAGGACUCAGUCCAGCAAGUCGGCCUACGUGUGACAGGCCUGGCCUAAACUCAGUCCAGCGAGUCAGCCUGUGUGUGAGGGACAGGCCUAGGCCUGGUCCUACCUGUGACAGUCACCCUGGACAGGACGCAGUCCAGCGAGUCGGCCUA